CGCAAUCUUAAGCCCCGGCGGCCGCCACAAUGUUAACGUCACGCUUACCCACACUUGUGCCGCGCGCCCUGCCUCGGCUUCGGCAGCUGAUUGGAGCUAUUCCGGCACGCCAGGUUGCUCAGCGGCCUCUGCCGCCUUCAGCCUACAGCAAGCGUGACCAAGUCGCCUCCAAUUGGGAAGAGCUUCGCGCUAACCCAAGCGAAUGGUUCGACAACCGCAACCGCAAGACCAACGAUAGGCAGCCUGACUUCGUGAAGAGGGAUGACCGCAGCGUCGCCAUCUGGGUCAACAGCCAAGACACCCCCGAGUGGUUCACGGAGGUAUUGGACGAGCUGGACGCCGCACGGCCGGCCAGGCAGUCCCAGCCGACCCGGGGCCCUGAUGCGCGUCGCGAAGAGGAGCUAGUCAAGUGGGAGUCGCUGCGCAACGAUCCGGACCAGUGGUACGACAACCGCUACAGGAAGACCAACCCCAAGGCGCCCGACUUCAAGCGCAAGGACGACAAGAUGGCGGCGCUGUGGGUUGACAGCUACAACGCCCCCGAGUGGGUCCCCGAGCUGCUCGCCGCUCUGGACGCGCGCGGCCCCCGCAGCGCCCCUGCAGGCGACUCGGGAGACAUGGACUCCCGGCGUGCCGAGGAGCAGGCCAAGUGGGAGGCGCUGAGGAGCAACCCGAGCGAUUGGUACGACAACCGCAGCCGCAAGGAGCCCGGCUCGCGACGGCCCGACUUCGUACACAGGGUGGACCGCUCCGCAGUGCUCUGGGUCAACAGCCGCAGUGCGCCCGAGUGGCUGGGUGACCUGCUAGCUGAGCUGGACUCGGGGCGCCCGCAGUAUCGCCAGCAGCAGCAGCAGCAGUACGGCGAGGAGUACCAGCCGCGCUACCAGCAGCAGCAGCAGUCGUACCAGCAACAGGAGUACGGCGCUCGCGGUGGCGGCGACCGGCGUGUCGAGGAGCAGACCAAGUGGGAGUCGCUGCGGAGCAACCCGGAAGAAUGGUACGACAACCGCAACAGGAAGACCAACCCCAAGGCGCCCGACUUCAGGCGCAAGGACGACAAGAUGGUCGCCCUCUGGCUCAACAGCCAUAACCGCCCCUCCUGGGUGGAUGACCUGUGCGCUACCCUGGACGAGCGGCAGGCGCAGCGGGGCAUGGCCACCAGCUACGGUAACGCGUACUGAGGGCAGGACGUGAGGAGGGGCGCGUGGCAGCCGGUUUUUGGUGCAGCGUCCUAAUGAUCUGGCGGCCUGAUGGCGGACGUGGCGCCUGCUGACAUGCAACUGUGUGAAUGGUCGUGGUGAUGCUGUGGUGAACAGGCAACAGGUGCUGAGGACCGGUUAGGACCGCCUCUUGUCUUUGGUGUGGAGAUGUGUGUAUUUGCUGUUUGUUUUUGAUGUGAGCCAUGUAGGAGGUGAGGAGGGCAGCUGAAAGGACGUGAUGUAGGAAGGAGGCCAGUAUUAGUUUAUUGUUUCACCAAGAUGUCUAGACGAACGGGCCGGUCAUGUUUGAAAUGUUGCAUUAAGGUCUCACGCAUCCUGACAUGUGACGAUGUACCGGUACAAGGGGUUGCGUUGCGUGUCCUGAUGAAGGAUAGGCCGCUCACCCGCUCCCAUCUCGCUUUGUCCGCAAUUGGGGACAAGGUCAGGUGUGUAGGACACGUUCGGCUCCUCUGCGCAAAGAUGUUUAGAAGCGUCCUAUAUUUGAACGGACUACAUAUCUUGCAUUGGUGUUGCUGCUUGUACGGUACUUCCUUGUUUGCUAGAGCUGUUGCACAUGCAGGUGUGUAGCUCCUUGUACAAAUGAGUUUGCUCGGGGACAUACAUUGUUUCCUCUUGUAUGUGCUGUACGGCGCUUUAACUGGCCGCCAUGAGGCCUCAAACGCCGCUUAUUACCCGCAUGCAAGCGGCCCCAUGUCUGCAGGGCAUGUGCCGAAGUGCAGUCGAUGGCUUGCUUGACAGUGUUUCUUUCUUCAUGCCACAUUCGUCUUGUUUGACAGGCAGACACCCAGACUGCGCACCAAACGGGAAUACGCAGUCCGCAGGUGGUUGAACCCAAGUGACCAAUAAGUACAUGUAAUGGCUAUGUAUGGCUGAA